AUGCCAGACCGCUGCCUACACCUUUGCUUCUGUGCUGAUCCUGCCUUGCUUCCCAGCGCAUUUCCUCCUCAUCCCUCCUCCCUCGCCGAUCUGGUGUCGGGGAUCAUGGAGCUCUCCUUCCCUCCUGCCCAUAACGAUUGUCUCGGUGAUGCCACUCCUCCUCCCAUCUCCCUCUCUGUCCUUGCUGCAGAUCACGUUCUGGCGAGCGGUGCCCGCCUCCAUAUCUCUCUUCACGCUGCGGACGCUGAUCCAGCGAGCGAUGCUCGCCUCCCCAACUCACACCCCGUUCUUGGUGCCGAUCUGGAGAACUUGACUCGCCUCCCCACUUCCUCUCAUGAUGUUUGCGCAGAUCCGGCGAGCGGGGCCCACUUCCCCGCCUCCCGUCCUGGUGGCGAUACGAAUCUGGCGAACGCGACUCGCUUCCAUGCCUUCCCUCAUGGCGCUGGCGCCGAUCCGGCGAACGUGACCCAUUUCCCCGCGCUCCGCGAUGCUGCUGACGCGGAUCCGGCGAGCGCGACUCGCCUCCCCGCCUCCCGCUGCGAUUCCUCCACGGAUCUGGCGAGCGCGACCCGCCUCCCCGCCUCCCGCUGCGAUUCCUCCAUGGAUCUGGCGAACGCGAUCCGCCUUCCCGUCUCCCGCUGUGAUACCUCCCCAGUUCCGGCGAACACGACCCGCUUCCCCGUCUCCCGUCACGUUGCUGACGUGGCCCAGGCGAACGCGACCCGCCUCCCCGCCUUUCGUCAUGAUGCGGGCGCAGAUCUGGCGCGCUUGGACCGCUUCCCCGCUUUCUGUCAUUCUGCGGGCGCAGAUCUGGCGCGCGCGUUGCGCCGCUGCCCUGUUCCCCGCCUUGCGCCUGCUGUUCAGGAACGAGCGCUUCCUUGCGCACGCUUCGUACGCUGCCCGUUCCGCCAGUCUCUUCCGCCUCGCCUGCCUUAG